AUGAGUGUUUUGUACAUGUUUGUUAUAUUUUCUUGUGCUGCUUCGGCUAAUGUGAAAUCUUGUGAAAAACAAAUGACAUGUGAAGAUUGUAUAAGAGAACCGAGUGAUUGUAUUUGGUGCGCCUUGGACAGCUACAAUGCUACACGAUGUAUGUCCAGUCUCGAUUUGGACUCUGAAAGCGACUGGUGCGCUGGUGAUAGAAUACAACCAAAAAGUGACAUAGAUGUUGGAGAAAACCAAAAUUUCUCCUCAGAUACGGGGAACGUGAUUCAAAUAAGACCACAAAGCCUUAAACUCAAACUUCGCCCAGGUGAAACAGUAUAUUUCCAGUUCUCGUAUAAGAAUGCAAAGGACUACCCGGUUGAUUUAUAUUUCCUGAUGGACGCGUCCAAGUCUAUGGAACCCAUUAAAGAAAAGACUAGUAACCAAAGUGAGAAUAUAUACAGAACUAUGAAAAACAUGACCAAAAAUGUACUUCUAGGAAUGGGGACUUUCGUUGAUAAGAAUACUUUGCCAUAUGCGAACAUAAUAAACAACACUCUCGCUUACUCGUAUAAAAAUCGUUUGAGAUUAACCGAAAGUUUUCAAGACUUCAAAGAAAUCGUGAAGAAUACGGAGUCCGGGUUAAACUACGACACCCAGGAAGGAACUCUAGAUGCGCUUGCGCAAGUUAUGGUUUGCAACAACACUGUUGGCUGGAGGAAGGAAUCUAGAAAGAUCAUUAUUGUGCUAACAGAUAGCUCCUUCCACGCCGCUGGUGAUGGUAAAUAUGGUGGUAUUAUGCGACCAUUUGAUGGUAGAUGUUACAGUGAAGAUGGAAUCUAUACAAAAGAAUUAGACUUGGAUUAUCCGUCAGUAAGUCUGAUAAAUAAAUUGGCGACAGAAGAAGAAAUGACGGUAAUUUUUGCUGUUGACACUGAUCAUGUCAACGAUUAUAGAGCGUUAACUGCUGCUGUGACAGGAUCUAGAUACACUAACUACGAAAAAAAGGACAUGGUCACCAUUCUGAGCUCUAUAUACCAGGAAAUCACCAGCAACUUAAAAUUGAGAAUCAACAUGAAGUCGGAAUACCGAGAAUACUUCGAAAUAUCGUUUAAUCCAGACUGCCUAUCCAAGAACGAUAGAGAUUGUAAAGUGAAACCCGGCGAAGAGAAAGAGAUGAACGGGACGAUAAAACUAUUGAAGUAUUUCAGUGGAGAACAUAAAAGCAUAGACGUGAUUAUAGAAGGAAUUAAGGAGAAGUUAACGCUAGAUAUUGAAAUUAUAGAAUCGUGUAAUUGCAGAAGUGAAGCCGACUCCAAAUUCUGUUCUUCCAGAGGCACUAAGAGAUGCGGUAUUUGUGAAUGCAAUAAAGGAAGUCUAGGAGACACUUGCCAAUGCCGAGGCAACAACAUCAAUGACGUCAGCAACAAAACUUGUAUACCACCCAACUCAGAUAAAGUGUGUAAUGGGUAUGGCGAAUGUGUUUGCGGAUCAUGUAUGUGCAAAGAACGGUACAAGGGACAAUAUUGCGAAUGCAACGAAGACAGUUGUCCUCGUGGUGCAAACGGGCACAUCUGCUCGAGCCUUGGAGAAUGCGACUGCGGUACCUGCAGGUGUGAGCAAGGCUGGUCGAGCAGCGAUUGCUCUUGCCCCACUUCGGAAAGUCUUUGUUCAGAUGGAGAUAUUAUCUGCAAUAACCGCGGUACAUGUGAUUGCGGGAACUGCACAUGCCAACUUAUAGCAGCUUGGGAUGCGAGAGACGAGCAAAAUGCACAUUGCAUGAUUUUGCCAUGCGCGUCAUGCCAUUCAUCACAAUGUCACAUCCUGGAGACAUGUGCAUUAUGUCAUUUAAAUGAGGAAGAGUGUAACUGUGACCAUGUGAAUGGUACCACCGUGGCCACGAUAAAUGACACGACGUGGAUGGAGUGUCCAAAUUUGAGAGCUGAUGUUGGAUGCUAUACAAAAUUUGUGUACAGAUAUUCCGAGACUCGUUACGGCAUUGAUCUUAUUGUACAGUCAGACCUUGACUGUGCUGAAAGUUAUUACACACUCGGAGGCGUUAUAGUCGGAGUUCUCAUUCUUCUUGGGUUACUGAUACUCCUUGCAUGGAAGUGCGUCACUGACUACCGCGAUAAGAAGGAGUACGAGCUCUUCAAGAAGGAACUGUCGCAAAGUGAUAAAAGUUUGGAGAACCCAUUGUACGAAUCUGCAUCUAGGACGUUUCAUAACCCAGCUUUUAGGAAACGAUCUAUUUAUUAG